ACAGUCUGGGUUUCAACGGCCAGAUGAAAAGACAAACAAAACAGAGACUACAUUUUUCUAUAUGAUGUGAAUUCCCUCGAUUUUUUGUUAAUGCAAUCUUCGAAAGCCAGACUAACUUAAAGGGACCCUGCUCGUUUUUCAAAUUGUAGCACAUCUAGUGGCGGCACUCGUCAGCGUCCACAUGCCGCUGCCGGAGAAAAGUCUGCUCUGAAUUUUAUCUCUGCGGUAUGAGUUGAUAUUCCCACAACCCUUUAUGCAUGUGAUAGAACAACAAGCUGCAGACCGAAGGAAAAUCUGCCCAGUGUUGUGUAAAGGCUUGCGAAUGUGCAAGCUGUUAAGUGUUCAUGUAUGCUAAGUGCAGUGGGUCACCUUGGUUACUGCAGAUUCCAGCAGAAGAUGAUGAAGGCAAGGGCAAGCUGAGGUGGGAGCUGGAGAUUGGGAGGUCAUUGGCUCGCUGCCUCUUUUUGACCAGAAAGACAUCGUUUGCAGCGACAUUAUUUCCAUUUUUUUUUGCAGUUAUUUCAUUAUUGACCAGCUGCGACUGGUCAUGUUUUCUAUCCACGAUCCGUGCGUUGUGCGCUCUAACAAUAGUGGAAUUAUUUCUUGGCAGAAAAGGUGCAUACAUUGAGCAUCUCUGAACGUUUGUUGUGGCUCAGGGCUGUAUCCUGAUAGCACAGGGCACGGAGGAAUCAGGGAACGCUUUUUGUGGGAUAUUUUUGGUAGCGCUCCAUGAAAGAUUUAGUGGUCACUCAGUUUGAACAACGCUGAGGAGGAGAACCCAAAGUGUGCGAAGCGCCCCGUUCACAUACUUUUAAGCUGUGCUGUCCAGUUCAGGUGCUGAGAUACCAUACAGAUGUGGGCUGGAAUGGCUUUGGUAUUCAGGAGAGACCAAACAAAGUGAAGGAUAUGUAUAGCGCACUGUUUCCUAAAUAUCUGAUAAAGUGAGCCAAACAUUUGGUGUUGAGAAAAUCCUGAUUUUUCCCCCUGAUUUUCUUACCUAUUGUCACAGAUUGAUUUAAAUUAUUCAAUUAUUUGCUACAACAUGUUAGCAACAUGUUAACUAUCCAGCCUCUGCAAACGCAAGCACAUGUGUUUUGUAGAAAUUUUGCCCUUUUAUCAGAGGCUAUGCCAGUGUGAUGAUGUGUCCGUCCACUCUGCAGUCUUGCUGUCUCACUCACAGCCAGGUAAAGCAACACUGCUGGACCGCUUGCUGAGGUGGAGACUGGAGGGCAGAGGGCUGCAGCACAAAGCCUUCCAGUGCUGUGAAUCCAGUAGCAGCUACAGAAGGAAAGGUUUUAGACAUGAGAUACCACAAAAUGUACACCCAGAGUGAAUCCCCUGACUGCAUAAUGUUUCACUCAUAACCUUUGUUACACUCAUAAAUCACACUGUAAAUGUUUUACAAUGUGAUAUUUUACAUAGGUGAUUAUGAUGUGCCUCGAUAAAUUCCCGUUUCUCGAUAGUAGUCAUAUUGGCGGAGCUUUUUCAGUUACUGCUAUACACAUACACACAUAGAGGGUGUUUGAAGGGUGUUAUGGGGGCCUUGAAUAUGUGUGUGUGAUGUUUGCUUAUGUGCAUGAAUGAGUAGUUUGCAGCGUUGCAUGCAGAUUGAGUUACGUGAAUCAUGGCUCCAUCUGCCUCCUGGUUUUAAUGAGGAAUUCAAGCGACUCCUGACCCUACAGAUGCUCCUGAAACAACUUCCUAAACGCUCUCAGUUUAUUUGGGUUAGAAAGUGACUGUGGGGAUUAAUAGCAGGCACCCUAUAUGAGCAUAUUGCAUGCUUUAUGUGGCUUGUAAAAACAAUAUUUUGUAGCCUGGUCUGAUGACACAAACCUGCCUGUAGAUAUAUAAGAUGCUGGUCUCGGUUCUUUUAGCUUGGCUAAUUGUACACCAACCCACAGGGUGUAAUGUGACAAUUGUGGGGCUGCCUACUCAGCUGCCAGAUCCUAGAAACCAAAAUCAAAGCUCCAUUUAACAAAAGCCCAACCUACAGUCACAGCUCCCUAACCUAAUUAACAUUGAGUCAGCAAACACGGCAGCAGCAGUGGUCGAGGUUGUGGUCAGAGCUGUGGGGUACAAGAAUAGCAGUAGCCACGCUGACACACUGGAUGACACACUGGGCUGUGACAAAAGAAUCACACACAGGUACACAGAUCAACAUGCCACCUGGCCCAGGUGACAGCGCCUGCUGCUCUCACUGUGUGCUUUUUCUCUUUAUAGUAAGAUAUAGCUGAGCUACUUCACUGACAGUGAAAAUGGUGUGCAGACGAUGGUAAACUGCUUAAGUUAUUGAAAAUAUCUGCAGAAUUAGGAAAACAACAGCACAGCUGCAAAGUGUCAAUAUAUACUUUUUGAUGUAUUUUCAUGCUGUGAGAAGCAUCAUAGGACCUUAAUUGUAAAUCGGGUCUCAUUAAACUGGAUUCACAUGUGUUCCACCACAUUUGAUUCAUAUUGCUUUGUGAGAAUAUCUGAUAAUGCGAACCAUUAAAAUUACUCACCAGCUACACUGCAAACAAGCUUAGCUUAAUAAUGCAUGUCAUGUAAAGUGGCUGAUUCAAUUUAGUUCCCCAGCAAAGCUGUUUAACUCAUGCUGAUGCCAGGGGCACCGACGAUACCACUUGAGUGUCCACCAUCAAAACACAUUCUAUUUCUAUUUGUGGUGGAAAAACACUAGCAUCGUGCAUCAGCUGACAUCUGCUCUUUUCUUAGCCAAUUGCGUUACACACUCACGUUCUCCAACAUGAAAACACUGUUGGACUCCCAGAUAUCUGCCCCACAACAAGCCUGACUUCACAUGGAGGGAGCGUGAGUAGGAAGCUGUGCAUGCACUACAUAUGACAAACCACAUUACUUUCUGGCUAGUAGACAGGCUUAGAUAGGCCAUCCCAGGGCCUGCAGCCAAAGAUGCUCUGCAGCUGAUUUACCAUGCUUACUCAAAUAUUCAUAACUGGAUAAUGAAAAUAUAAAUAGUUUUCAUGUGAUACACUAGAGGCAGGGGUAAACAAUGCUGCAACCUCCAUCAUCAUCAUCAUCAUCAUGCAUCACCGUGUCUUCGCUAUGACGGCUGCCAGGUAGAGUAAUGGGCAGGACUGUUCACUAUGACACAAUGAGCGUGAUAAGCAAUGACUCCCUUACAACUUUUGCCAGUAAUUUGGAGUUGAUUAUUUAUGUUGCCACAUCAAAAAAGUAAUCACUGUCAAUCUUGUCAUCUGCAUGCAGGCUGGAAAGUUAUUAAACUUGUUGGGGUUUUUUUAAAAAAUGAUUAAUGAGCUCCUGUUUUCUCUUGUCUAAAGGAGGGCUGCCUGUGACAUACAUUGCCAUCCCCUGAGUCCUCUUCUAUACCAUGAGCUCUGGCUCUGCCCAGGAUGUGGCAGUCGAGCAUUUCCUGCGUGACAUAGAGAGGCGAAGCAAGCGGCUACACUGCGCUGUGAUAGGUUGCGAGGAGGAGCGAUCCCACAGCGACAUGAACCUGCUGUAUCGUAAGAGCCGGUUGGACUGGAGGCAGAGAGACCAAGAGGGAAGUAAAAAGAGCUCCACGCAAAAUGACCCCUCAGCUACUGUUGGCAAAGUCAGAGACCUGGCUUCUUUCCGACGGCACUUCCGAAUGGGUUUCAUGACCAUGCCUGCCUCCCAGGACCUGUCCCCUCACUCCUGUGCCUCUGCCAUGGCGCCGCGCUCGCAGUCCUGCCACGCUGUCGGAGCCGGAGAUACAAGUCUAGAGAACGGAGAUUACUCAGACACCCAAUCUCAACACGGCGGCCGCUGCCCUCCAGCCAAACCCAAACGCCACCCCAGUACUCGCCUGAGCUCCUCGUCUGCUGACAGCAGAGGACCUCCUCCUGAGACACCACCUCCCCCUCCACCCACUCACUCCCAGGCAAAACACUCAGAGAAGAAGAAUGCCAUGAAGAAGUCUGACUCUGGAGAGAUUGGAACAAAGAAGGUGCCUCCUUUAAAGCCCAAGAGAAGUCCCAGCACCCAGCUUUCCUUUGACCCUCUUCCUCCACGUGUGCCUCCUUCUGCCACAUCAAUGCCCUUUCAGGCAUCAGACUCUCAGAUUCAGACAGGAGAUGGGGAUGAUGAGCCAGUCUAUAUUGAAAUGGUGGGCCAAGUGUUCACCAGAGACAGUCAGACGGCCACACCCCACCCUGUAACCCCUGUGGCCACAACACCGGACUCUGACUCAGACCAGAGUGAGGCAAUCUAUGAGGAGAUGAAAUACCCAAUGCAGGAGGACAGGGAGUCCCACAGACACCUCCCCUCCAAACACGAGAAACUGAAAACCUCUAAACACUUUCAUGUGACACCUUCUUCUGCCAGCAGCUCCUCUUCGCUGCCACGCCCAUCUUCUUCUUCCCCUUCCUAUUCCAAACCCAAAGCUACUGUAUCAAUCUCCCAUUCAUCUCCUCUGCCUGCCUCUGCAUCCUCCACCCCAGUGCCCCAGGUCCUCUCUGCCAGCCCCCACACGCCACGAGCUCCUACACCCUAUCUGCUGCAAGGGAAUAAAUCGGAGCAAGAAUCAAACACAAAGAUCCCAGCGCCUUUCCCCAACCUUCUACAGCACCGGCCCCCGCUGCUCGCCUUCCCUCAGCCUGCAGCAGCCUCCAGCGGGGUCGGGGUGCAGAACAAGUCAUCUGCUUCCACUAAAAUGGGAACUCAGACAUCAAGCGCAACAACGCAAGCGAGCACCUCUUCCUCUGCCUCUUCUAAUAUUCCUGUAUCCCUGUCGGGCUCCAAGGAAUCAUCAGGAGGAAGUGCAGCGCAGCAGGACAAGCACAGCAGAGACUCCCAGUUAGGCCCAGCUCCUGGACUGAGAGCCAGGAGUCACUCCACGCCCCUUCCUCCUUCCUCUAAAUCCACCUCCCCCUUUUCCCAUCACCAUCAUCACCCUCACCAUCGCCCCUCACACUACCAUCACUAUCGGAAGCCAGAAAGAGGAGAUUCUCCUGCGCCGACCAAGAGCAGCUCCCAAGCUUCUAACCAGGCCACAGUCCAGACACAAACCUCAAGUACAGGCAAGGAGGGCAAGUCAGUUAGCUUCCUCCUGAAGUCUGAUAAGGGUGAGAAGGAUAAAGACAGGGACAAGGACAGAGACAGGGACCGAGACAGAGAAAGGGAUAGGGGUAGAGGAGACAGGGACAAGGAAAGAGACAGAGACAAAGAGAGAGACAAGGACAGAGAUAGAGACCGGGAUAGAGAUAAGGAAAAGGACAGGGAAAGAGACAGAGACAGAGAAAGGGAUCGUGAUAGGGAAGGAGGUCCACACUCUUUACAGUUGGACAUCACUACCAGCACGAGCAGCCAAACGCCUCAAAGCAGCACCAGCUCAACCCCCACGCCAUUAUCCUCAUCCCAGCGUCCUCACUCUCGCCCACACCUCCGUUCUCACACGCCUCACGGCCUUCCAGCAUACAAGCCGCCCUCCUCGGACAGCCCCUUGCUAUGGACCUACCCCUCCGGUGGCUUCAGGAGGCCCCCGGCUUAUGAGAGCUUGAGAGGCAGCUCUCAGACUCCAUCUCUGCAGCAGCCCUCGAGUCUUACUGGUAUUGGUGAAGUUGCGUCCAAGAGCAAUGGAGGGUCUGCAUCCCUUCAGUCUAAAGUUGGCUUCAUGCCUUGGGACAGCAGUGCCAGUUUAUCUGCCGAUGACGGGACUUACUGGCCUAUGCAGAGGAAAUUGUCCUUCAGUCACGGCAGCAGAGAGACAGAGAAGGAUGAAGGGCGGGCAUGGAACGGUAGUGCUGAUGCCCUGUUAAGGACGGACAAGGAAGAGCUUGGAAUAGGGUCUCGGGGAGGCCAUUCGGGCAUCCCAGUCCACUUCAGUGGGUCCACAAGCAGGGCUCUUGGACACAGUGAGUCACUGGCUGGUGUUGACAGCAGCCUAGGAUUCAGAGCUCUGCCCAGGGUAGGGCUGCCUCUUCCCUGCCAGACCUUUCCUGCCUGUCGCAAUGGAGAAGUGGGGCGGCUGGGUCGCUCCUCCUCUGCUGCUGGAGUGAGACAGGUGGGUGGAGGAGACGUUCAGAGACAGAGCAGUCUACCAGCACGAGAAGCCCUGAAUCAGCUGCAUAGUUUGGCCCAGCCUCAAGUACCCUGCAGUCCCAGCAGUCCCAGUGGUCCCGGUGUGUCACGGCAGCAGCAGCAGCAGCUUCAGCUUCACCACCAGCAGCUGCAGUUAAAGCAGCAGCUUCAGCAGCUUCAGCAACAGCACCACCUGCAGCUGCAGUUCCAACAGCUCGCCCAGUUGGCACAGGGACAACCUGUUGUCAGUGGGGGCACCACCCCAUCCACAUCGCAGACCCAGAGAGACGGAAAGCUGCUGGAAGUCAUUGAGCGUAAGCGCUGCCUUUGCAAAGAAAUCAAGGCACACAGGCGUCCUGACAAAAGCUUGUGCAAGCAGGACAGCAUGCCCAUCCUCCCUAGCUGGAGACGGACACCUGAACCUCGUAAGACUGGCACACCUCCCUGCCAGAGGCCACAGGCCGUUGUGUGGGACACAGCUAUCUGACGCGGAAGUCAAGCCAGCGAGUACGGCACCAGAAGAGAUGAGCUGAAGAUGGCAGAAUUAUGAAUGAGAGUAAAAAUGGAUAUAGAAACUAGAAAAUUCUUUAAAUGGCUUUGGUGAUAUAAUUACCACCAGGGAACGGGAAACUAUGGACCAAGAACAAAACCCUUGAUAGCAUUUUUAUUGUGUGAUAAACUGAUCUGUGAACAGUAACUGAUGAAUGGUACUGGAGACUCUGAACCCAUCUGAGGGGAAAAAAAACAAAAAAAUGCUUAUCAAGAGGUGAAGAAUAAGAAGUAUUACAAUCAAACUACAUGAAUUUCUUACAAAUUGGAUUUGUAUCUGCUCUGUAUUAUGUAGUACACUAUGUAAAUGUGUUCUAAUUGCCAAUGUUUUUUGCCACAAAACACCAGUAUUAUUGCUACAAAAGGAAGACGCCAACUAACUAAUAAUUAGCGGGUUGUUUUCUGAAGUCGGUGUUGCCAAAUUUCUUCCUGACUACUUGAUACAUAAAUUGUGUAUUUUCGCCAACAAGCAGGUGUCCAACACGCUUAAAAACUACUCUGUGGAUGAGAAAAGGCAAGACUCAUAGAUAAGUUGCUGAAGUGUUUCUUGAAAUUGUGAAUGUAUAUGAGAUGUCUUGGUAUCAAUAGAUUGUCAUUGUGGAUGCAAAUAAUCAUCACCGAGGAGUAAAAGCUACCUACUGUAUCUGUUUGCAUAUUUGUAAUGUAAAUCUAUUUACUUUCUCAACGUUUCUGCAAUUUUAUAGCAAUAUCCUCCCGACGCUGGAGCAACAUAAUUAAAACUUGUGUCAACUAGCCUACAAUACAUAUCUAAGACUUGAAGAAGUCAUAUUUACUGUGUCAUUCUCUGCAUGUCAUGAUAGACAUACAGUAUUGUAAAAAAAAACAAAAACAAAAAAACCCCAACUGAAAUAAAAAAAUUAGUGUAGAGAUGAUCAUGGCAAACUUUUACAUACAGCAAAUCUUCACUAUGAUAACGUGUGGUUGUAUAAAAAGCUGAAUAUGUUGUUUGGGGGGAGUGGGGGUGGGGGUGGGUCCUCAUUAGGAAAAAAUUAAUAAAUAAAUAGGUGACAGAUGGCACAUGCUGUGCAGUCCAGCCAAAUAUAGAUACAGAUCAAUGGUACAAAAAAAAUUUCAUCGCUCAUGCUUAUCCACAGUUGCACAUUAGUGAUUGUUCCACCACACCGAAAAACAGGCACUCAACACCCAUCAACACAGACUGUGCAAUAUGGUGCAACUGAUAAGACUGUGAGUAUUGAUCACCUCAAACAGAAUGCUGGAACAAUCUGCACAAAACAUUGUAUACGCUUAGGACAAGUUAAACCCUAAUGUACUGUAAAUAGAUAUGUACAACUCUAUUGAAAAUGUAGCAAUUAUUUCCAUUUUCAUACUUGUAAUCAAUACAUAUUAUGUAGCAUAUAUUGUAUAAACAUAACUUUGUUCACUUGUUUUUUCUAAAAGAAUUAAGUACUUUAUCUGCUGCAGCCAGUCCAUGCAUUACUUAUAGUUCUACUAAUAAACAGUAAGCCCUCUAAAGAAAGGCACAGCCCAACAGUUGUUUAUUUCAAUUUAUGCAAGACUCCCUUUAAGCUGUGUUAUUGAUUUAUUUAUGCCCUUUUUCUACAUCCAUUUUUAUUUGUGUACAGAUUUCAACAGCCCGUUGUCUUGACAUCUUUGAAUACUUGCUGCUAUCUUGAACUACUGGUGUUGUUCACUCAACUAUACAGUGUUACCAUGAGAAACAUUAUUAAUAUAGUGCUUAUUGUGAGAUAUUUGUUUUGGGUUUAUUUUUAUUUAUUAUUUUGGUUUUCUUUCUUUCUUUUGUUUUUCCUUUCUGAAAGCCACGUGAAAUGAAGUUCGUACCUUAAAGAGUGAGCCCGUCUGUAAUAGUAUUAAGGCGCUUGAAUGUCUCUUGGUUGUUGUCGUUUUUAAUGAUAGUAAGCACCAAACUGUACAGUACAGUACACCCAGUGAAAAGAAGACCUAUCUAAGUGUUUGAGAGUCACUACUUGGCCUUUUUUUGUUUUAGCUCCACCUGCUCGUGUUUGAGGAUCAGAGUCCGUUUUCAAGCAAACACAGGCCAGGCUGAAGGAAAUGGGCAAGUGCAAUGCAUGCAGAGAUUCCUUACACUGAAAUGCUCCAAUGAUUCUUACUAUUGUGCCCAAUUUUGAUUGCCGAUACCAAGUAAUCACCUUACUAUGAUUCCUUUUCACGGACUGAUAUGGAACCCUCGGUAUCAUUUCCAGAAUAGUUUACAGAAGCUGUUGGUUUUGUGUGUCUUCUAAAAACAGUGGCCAUUAUAUGAGUGCCAUACUAUAUUGAUAUGGUAAGAUACGGUGUACCUUGGAAAUCACUGUAGUGCUAUAUUUGCAUUGAUAUUGUCAUUGAAAAUAAAUUUUAUAUAAUGAACUUUACACAACAAA